AUGGCGUUUUCGAUGAAGCUAUCUGUAGGGAAGGGAAAGAAGAAGCCGCUAGGUGCGCCUUUCGCGACUGCAGCGAAGCAAUACGGGCUCGCUUUACCAAAGAAGGAUGAGGUCUCGUCGGGUUUCAAUGUACGUCGAGUAGGAGCUGAAGCAGCUCGCAGUCUGCAGCAGAGCCAAGUAGACAAGGUGCGCGCCCAAGCUCUGGCAGAAGACGCAUCGGUCUUUGACUACGACGCAGUGUACGACGACAUGAAGAGCGCGCGAGAGUCUGAAGCUGAUAAACGCGCAACGAAGAGAGAAGAGGAGAAGAAGAAACCCAAAUAUAUUAGUACAUUGCUGCAACAAGCAAAGAUCCGCGAAGUCGAGAACGAGCGCAUUCGUGAGCGACGUCUCUUAAACGAACGCAAGGCGGACGAUGUCAUGUAUGGAGACAAAGAGAAGCUUGUAUCCGCGUCUUAUAAAAGAAAGCUACAGGAAAUGCAGCGCUGGGAUGCAGAGGACGCACGACUUGCUGCCAUGGAAGAGCAGGAAGACGUCACUAAGCAGGGCGAGCAUGCAAUGGCAGGCUUUUACGCGAAUCUCAACAAGAACAUCGCGAUGGGCGGCUCGACGAGCAAUGCGCGGAGUGCAAGUAGUGAGCAACCAGACGAGGGUAGACACACGGAGGACGCUAUUGCCGCUGCUAGAGCACGUUUCUUGGCUCGAAAGGCGCAACGCAAAAGCUAA